AUGUCUUCCGGCCAACCAGCUCCCACAAAGCUCCCUCAGCACUAUUCAUCCCUCCCCUACACCGAAAUCCGCAUCUCUCACCACCCCUCAACCUCACCCGAGCCAACACCAGUUCUAAUAUGUACCUUAUAUCGACCAAACAACAACAAUGCCUUCACAGACAUCAUGACCGAUGAGCUCGAACAUUUCUUCGGAAUCGCAAGUAUCGACGAUCGUGUCAAAUGUAUUGUUUUGACAGGACAUGGCAAGAUAUUUUGUGCUGGACAGGAUUUGAGGCAGGGUUUCAAGUUGCAAGGGAAUGGGAAGAAUGAGACUGAUAAGACGCAUCGUGAUGGUGGUGGCCGCGUAUCUCUCGCGAUACACAAUUGCACUAAGCCGACGAUCGCAGCAAUCAACGGGCAUGCUGUUGGUGUUGGCAUCACCAUGACUUUGGCAUGCGUGAUGCGAGUCGUCUGGUCCAAAUCGAAGAUUGGAUUCGUCUUCUCGCAACGUGGUGUGGUAAUGGAGGGAUGUUCAUCAUUCUUCCUGCCUCGUCUUAUCGGCCAUGCUCGGACACUUCAGCUCGUGACCACUGGGGCUACAAUCCCGGCCACGGCCAAACAACUUGAUGGACUCUUUGCGGAAGUACUCGAUCGACAGGAGGAUGUACUUCCCAAAGCAUUGGAGAUGGCAGAGGGCAUCGCAUCGAAUACGUCUACGGUCAGCACUUUUAUGAUCCGAGAAAUGCUGUAUCGGGGAGUCGAUAGUGCAGAGGCAGCGCAUCUAUUGGAAUCCCGAAUCAUGGGCCAUAUGAGAGGAAGUGUGGAUAAUGACGAGGCUGUUGCUGCAUUCCUGGAGAAGAGGAAAGCUGUCUUUACUGCGACUGUGCAAAAAGACUCUCCUCCAGUCCACCCUUGGUUUAGUCCUGUGAAUACGAAGAACCCGGCAGUGGCAGAUCCGCUGACAGCAGGCAAGCCAAGGCUGUAG